AUGUUGAUUUUAGCGUCACUUGGCAGUUGGCUACCUUUUGCAAUUGUUGGUUUGUUCAUUAUAUUCUUGUCGAUUAUAUUUACAUUACGUUAUCAACAAAACCGAGAUCGAGAUUGUUUGGUUACAUUAGUUUGUUCAAUUUCAUUAAUUAUUGCUUUAUUAACAUCAAGUUUAUUACCAACCGAUGUUAUUCUUGUAUCAUUUAUGAAAAAUCCGAAUGGAACAUUUAAAGAGUGGACAUCAAAUCAAACAACUCGAGAUCAUAUUCAAAAAUAUGUGGAAGUUGGAUAUUAUGUUCUAUAUGGUCUUGUCAUUCUUAUGGCUUUUCUUGUUAAUCCAUUUCUCUUUUUUUAUUAUGAAGAAAAAGAAGAACAAGAAGAAACAUCAAAACGAGUACGUUCAGCAAUUAAAUGGACAAUUGGAUUUUUAAUUUUUCUGAUUAUUUUAAUUAUACUUGGAAUAUUUGUUCCUCAAUUGGCAACAUUACCAACGGAUAAUUCAACAAGUGAAUGGGAUCAUGUGAAAUAUCUAAUCGAUCAUUUUGAUAGUUCAAGAAUUGAAGAUUCAAUUUCUUUUGCAAUAUUUACUUUAAGUAUUAUUGGAUUUCUUCUUUUAACAAUUUAUACGGGUUAUGGUUCUAUUGCUUGUCCAUUAUCAUUAAUUCGUGGUAAACGAAGUGCACGUUUACAACAAACAACUAUUGAAGAACAACGUAGUGAAAUACAAAAUCAAAUAAGAAUAUUAAAAACUCGAUAUCCACGUCAUGUUCCAAUGCCAGUUCGUGAAAAACGUAAAUUAGCUGAACUUGAACAACAUGAUGCAGUUUUAUGUCGAAAUGAAGAAUCAAUAAUAAAUGUUCGACAAAGUUUUUGUUUUAAAUGUCGUUAUAUAUAUCGACCAAUACAAAUAAUUCUUGGAAUUCUCUUAUUUUGUUUUGCUUUACUUAUAUUUAUUUCACUUUUAUUAAGUAAUAUUAAUAAAUGUAUUAAUUUUAUUAAUUUUAAACAAAUAUUUGCACAAGGCAAUCAAACAUUACCAAAUCCAAUUGAUAUUGUUUUAACAUGGACUGGAAAAUUUUAUCCAAUCAGUUAUAUUUUUCUAUCUGGUUUAAUGAUCUAUAUUAUUUUAACAUCUCUUUAUGGUUUACAACAAAUUGGUAUUUGGUAUUUUUGGAUUCGAGACGAACGUAUUCUAUUUCAUUAUAAUGGCCAUGGUGUACCACGACCGACAGCUAACGGAGAAAUUUGGGUAUUCAAUAAGAAUUUUACGCAAUAUAUACCAUUAUCUUUAUAUGAUUUACAAAAAUGGAUGAGUUCACCAUCAAUCUAUGUAUUUGAUUGUUCUCAUGCCGGUGUUGUUCUUAAUUUAUUUGUUAAAUUUGCUGAGCAAAUUGAUAAAGAACUUGAAGACGCUCGAAGAAAUAUAGCACAAACUCCUUUCUCUUCUUCUACACCUGCUCAUGCCACAGGUCCAAUACUACCACUUCUCCCUACAUCUUCACCUAUACAUGAUAUAUUACUUGGUGCUUGUGGUGAAAAUGAACUUUUACCUAUGAAUCCUGAAUUACCUGCUGAUUUAUUUACAUCUUGUUUAACUACACCCAUAAGAAUAGCAUUACGUUGGUAUGUUUUACAAAAAAAUAUAAGUCGUCUAAAUCCAAAUAUUGAUCAAGAUAUGAUUGAUAAAAUACCUGGCACAGUUACUGAUCGAAAAUCAAUGUUAGGUGAAUUAAAUUGGAUAUUUACUGCUGUAACAGAUACAAUUGCAUGGAAUUCAUUACCAAAAGAUACAUUUCAACGUUUAUUUCGACAAGAUCUAUUAGUUGCUUCACUUUUUCGAAAUUUUCUUCUUGCUGAAAGAAUUAUGCGCUCAUAUGGUUGUCAUGUUUGUUCACGACCAGCAUUGCCACCUAUGUUUGAACAUCGAUUAUGGAAUGCAUGGGAUAUGGCACUUGAUUUAUGUCUUAAACAAUUACCAUCUGUAUUGAAACAAACAGAAAGUGGUAUACGUGAACCUAUUUAUGAACCAAGUUCGUUUUUUGCCGAUCAAUUAACAGCAUUUUCAGUUUGGCUUGGUGAAAAUUCUUUAUUAACAGCAACGCUUGAAAAAGAACAUUUGAAACAACCUGAACAAUUACCGAUUGUUUUACAAGUAUUACUCAGUCAGUCUCAUCGACAGCGAGCACUUGAUUUACUUGCACGUUUUCUUGAUAUUGGUACAUGGGCUGUUCAUCUUGCACUAUCAGUUGGUAUAUUUCCCUAUGUACUUCGAUUAUUACAAGCAACAAGUGAUGAUUUACGACCGUAUCUUGUCUUUAUUUGGGCAAAAAUAUUAGCAGUUGAUCGAGCAUGUCAAAUAGAUAUUAUACGUGAAAAAGGUCAUGAAUAUUUUAUUUCAACAUUAACCGAUGUUCGAUCUUCAAAUGGUGUUCGUGCAUUAGCUGCUUUUAAUUUAACUUGUUUAGUUGAUAAUUAUACUAAAGGACAGGAUGAAUUAUUACCAGUCAUGUCUCGUGUACUUGAUAUUUUAAAUACGCCUACACCAUAUUUUCAUGAAACAUCAGCUCUUUUUCUAUGGUCAACAUUAUUUCUUGGACAAGCUUGGCGUUCAAAUGCAAAUGCUUGUGAAAAAGCUGUUCUUAUUCGUGCACCAGAUACAUUACAAAUUUUACUUACUACACAUGACUCUCCUGAAGUUCGUGCUGCUUGUGCAUAUGCUUUAGGUACUUAUUUAUCAUCAUCAACAUCGGGUAAUGAAUUAAGUGAACGUCGAAGUGAACAAUCAAAAGAAGCAGCUACUGUUCUUAUGCGUAGUCUUCAUGAUGGUUCACCACUUGUUCGACAAGAAGUUCUUGUUGCUUUACAUCAUUUUCUAAACUUAUUUACUCAAACAACUACUACUAGUGGAACAAAUAUUACAAGUAAUGUUAAUCGUACUGGUAGUUUAUUAUAUAAAACUGUUUUUGAUAAAGUUACAGAAGCAAUACAAACUGUUGCUUCAUCUGAUCCAUCACAUGAAAUGGUACAAUUAGCUGAAACAAUUCUCACACAUUUACAACAGCCAGUUAGCACAACAUUUUUUCAAUGGUGUUGCAGUCGAUUUCGAGUAUCAAAUACAAUAACACGUGAUCUUGGAUCUGGUAUAGCACAACAACUAGGUGCUUCGUAUAGUGAAGAUGAAGACGAUUGUUUUGCUCGUAGUGGUCGUUAUUGGCGUAAUUAUUGUAUACGUUCAAAUCCUAGUAGAUUAGCUGAUUUUCAACAUAUGCGUGAAACAAUAUUCAAUAGUCGUAUAUCAAGUGCUGCUCCACUUGUUUUAUGUCUUCAUCCAUAUGAAAAUUAUUUAGCCGUAGCAAAUUUACAUGGAAAUUUGAACUUUUAUGAAUUUGAUGGAACUCCACGUUCAAAAUCGACAUUAAAGGUAGGUUCAGUAGGUUCAACGAUCAAUACAUUAGAUUUUAUUAAUGCACAUGAUCGAACAUUAAUUUGUGUUGGCACUGAUACUAGUGCUAUUCGUAUAUUUGAUGAAUCUACUCAUCGUCUUAUUUCAUCAUGGAUAGCUUUAUAUGAUCAACAUAAUCAUUUUCAUUCUUCUCCUCAUCAUCAUCGUUUAACGACUAAUCCUACUGCAACUACAAAUACGAAUAUUUCUACAUCACCAGCAAAAUUCGUUGUUGAUUGGAAUCAACAAUUAUGUCGUAUAUAUGCAUCAAGUUCUGAUAUUGAUUAUAUAUCCCUAUGGGAUGUUGAACGUGAACGUUGUUUAUAUACAAUGGAUACAGGUACAUCUGGUGGUGUUUAUUGUCUUAUAUCAGAUUCUAAUGGUUAUUGUGCAGCUGGUCUGGGUGAUGGUACAGUACGUUGUUUUGAUACACGUUCACGAGAAAAUACAAUAGCUAUUAUUCCAUCACCAACAUCAUUAAAUCGUCAUUCUCCAAUAAUAAAAUUAAGAUCUGAUAUGAAUGAUCGUUUAUUAUCAAUUAGUAAUAUGGGACAAUUAAGACGAUGGGAUAUUGAAACAGGUAUUAGUGCUGAAUUACCUGUACCACAAACAUCUCAACAUAUAUCAGCAGCUGAUGUUCAUUUAACAGGUAAUGUAUUAGCACUAGCAACAUCUAAUGCUUUACAAUUUAAAACAUGUUUCGGUGAUCUACUUUUUGAUAUAAAAAAUUCGAAAUUUGCUCAAGUAUCAUGUUUAUCAUUUCAUCAAUAUCGACAAUUACUUGCUGUUGGAUUUAAAGAUGGUUCUUUAUCAAUGUUUACUGGAAAGACAAAUUCAUCAACUGUAUGA